CCACUCUGAGCGCUAAAGGACUGGUGCGAGAGCUGCGGGGUGUUUAUACCCACACGUGACAAAGCUAUGCAAAAUCCAGGACCUGAGGUGUUUUUAUGCCGGUUGGAGGACUUGACCGUCUACGAAAUCCGCAAGGCUUUCAAAGUCCAACGGUCGUUCGACUUGACCAACGCCACCCGGAGUGACCGCUGUCUCUUCUCACGUUUUCACGACAAGCCAUGUCUAACGACAAAUGGGACCCGAAUGCUGUCAAGUACCAACUGCGGCUCACUGGACAACGACUUGGGCAACUUCAGGAAAGAAAUGACUCUAAAUCCAGCAUUACUCGACGGGACAUUGCCACUUUAUUACAGCAAGGCAACAUUGUUCUCGCCCGGGCAAAGGCACAGAAGCUCAUCGAAGAGGAUGCGGCGGGUGACGUGCUUGAGAUGUUAGCAAUGUAUUCGAGUCUUUUGUUGGAGCAUUUCCAGGAAUUAGAACACAACAAUUCACCCAGUCCAGUCAUAGUCGAAGCAGCUUCGACCAUCAUCUUCUCUGCGCCCUAUGUGGAUUCCAAAGAUGUUCACAUUGUCCGGGAUUUCCUUGUUCAACGUCUGGGCCAUGAUUUUGCACGUUCCGCUACGACCAAUCGCGAUAAUUACGUGUCGCCUCGUGUUUUGAAAUCCCUUUCUUCUCCCCCACCAACCUCUGCAAACCUUGAUAUGUAUCUAACGACAAUUGCUAAAAUGUUUGGCGUCACAUGGACGCCAGAACCUCCCAGGCAGGAUAUAUUAAAUGAACUGUCUGAGAUUUUGGCUUCUGAUUCUUCUCCUCUUGUGGAUAUUCCUCGGUUGAGGAAAUUGUGUUCUCGAGGUAUACCCGACCAGCCGCCGUGGCUGCGCCCGCGGAUAUGGAAGCUCUUCUUUGGCAUCCUUCCUGUUUUGAAAUCGUCAUGGAGCAAGGAAAUAGGCAACCAACGCAAGAGUUAUUAUGAUUUAGUCCGUCGGCUGCUGGAACCAUUGAAUGUACCCGAGCCUCCUACAACGCCACUUUCUGUCCUGGAUACAGCUUUGGAGAAUGUUUCCAAACAAUUAUCUCGCGUUCCCCCAGACCUUUUUGCCUGUCUUGUGGACGAGCCGGAAUCUUCUCCGUUAUGUCCAUUGGACGAUCUUUGUCCCGAAGAAACAAGAAUAUUCUGUGCGAGCAAUCUGGAUCGCCGAUUGGAAGCGAUCAAAGCUGUUCAAUCUCCCUCAGCCUCAAUAGGCAUUCCUGAGAUUCGUCUUGAAUCCGAAACGGAGCCGGCUAUAAACGAGGAUUCCCCGCAAGGAACCUUUUCAACACGGCGGUCAAAUAUACCUCCCACCUUGUUCGUAUCGAAGUCGUUGAGUGGAGGGAAGGCCCAUCCAAAACACAUGUCAGCUCUAUAUCGCCUUCUUUACAUACAUUCCGCCAUUAACCCCGGAAAUUUAUCCCCCCACAUUCCAAACUUACUCGUUCCUCUAUAUUCUGUCCUCAUACAAGAGAUCGAACCGGAAGACAUCGCUCAUGCUGAGGCAGACACAUUUUGGCUUUUUGAAGCCGUUGUUGCAGAAUUCUCUGAGCUGGAAGACGAAGACGGGAGCACCGUAUGGAUGAAGAAAUUUGGAGAGCGAUUAGCAUGGGCAGAUUCAGAUCUCCACUACAGCCUGGAAAGCAAAGGAUUAAGUCCUGCCUUGCCUCAUUUCUCGUAUCGAUGGCUUGCCCCACUCUUGACUCAGACACUAUCCUACAACUCAGUUCUCGUUGCGUGGGAUGGUAUAUUUUCCCGUCAGGCCCGACAACGAGAUGCUAGUCCCAGACUCGAGUUCCUCAUUGAUAUGUGCACUGCGAUGCUCAUUCGCGCACGAGUUGCCUUAUUUCGAUUGGGAAAGAGCGGUCACCGAUCUCCAGGUCUGUGGGCACAGGAAGUGGAAACUGUACCGCCGCCUUCUCCGCUACAUCCCUGGGAACUGGGUGAUGCCUUUGUCGAGGGAAUGACACUGCUGCAACAUUAUCCGGUUGUGUCUGCGGGUGGGAUUGACACCAUAAUGCAAGCCGCUUUCGACCUGUUGCACAGACGGGAAGAGGAGUCAAAAGCCGCGAAGGAUGACCAACUCAGUCUAGGCGCUCGUAUCAGAGUAACGAUGUGGAAGGGCUUUACGAAUCAAAUACCGUCUCCGGAAAGGUCGCCCGAUGCGUCAGACAGCGACGAAGAGCCAUUGCAUGACGAUGGCAAUGAGACAGAGAGACCCACCGAAGACCUCAAUCCUGGUAUUACAUCUCGCUUGGCUUCUACGGUAUGGAAAGGUAUCACAAAUCAAUCAGCAAUGGAGCCACCGCCGUCACCAAUCUCUCCUGCGACUGUCCCUCCAUCUCCACUGCCGACCUCAGCUUCUCUUUCGCCUGCAACAGCAGAGGAAAAAGCACCUUCGACGUCGUAUGUCCCUGCAUCUACGCGGUUAUGGGGUUAUGCCGAAAAAUUGAAGGAUUCGGAUGCUGCUGCUGCGCUUGCAAAGGUCAGCACAAACUGGCGAGCCAAGGCUUUAGCAGGUUCUUGGGGCACUCGAAAGGAAGCACCCAGUGCUGUUGCAGAGCACACAUCUCCACGUUCUCAGGAAGGCGGGUCCCCUAAGAACGUUGAAGGACCACGACGUGGUUCUUUGCCUGGCCCGGACCGUUCAGGUGUAUAUUCACCACCCACCCGACCAGCUUAUUUCCGUCCACCGCGUGACAGUACCAUCUUUCCGGAAGGACAUCAGGCUACACUUUCCGCUCCCAACAGUCCAGCCCGUGAACCCACGCCUGAGGGCACACCCUCUUUGAUAGACAGAACGAAGAAUCUUCAAGCGUCGCUGUCUUCCUUGACUCGUGGUCAGCCGACGCGAAAAACUGGGCCGCGCCCGUUACUUCUCAAUUCCUCUUCUCUAAUCACUAGUCGAAAUAGCAACCGUCCGCCUUCAGUCCCUUCUCAGCCUGGAGCUGAUGAAUGGAGUGACGUUCGGAGAACAAAAGGACAGCGCGCGAUCCACAGAGAAUCCCAGUCCUCGGUUUCUUCUCUCUCAGCGUCAGAUGCUCUUCUGAGAGCUACUCGUUCAGACAAUGAUUCUGACACAGGAGGCUCCAGUAGACGGAUUCCUUUGAACCGGAGAUCUGUGUCUCCUAUGGCUCCAACAUUCAGAGUUUCGUCUUCACGGCAGGCUUCAGUUUCAUCAGCGACAGCUUCACCAGACCGAAACAUACAAGCGCUUUCUUUUAGUUCUCAGGGAGACAUCGUACUCAAACCCGGCGAUGCCAAUGGCUGGGGUCGAAUCGAUUCAGCCGAUUCACCUCCUUUGUCCUCACCUCCGCCCCCCAAAACACCUAUCAGUGUUUCACUUCAUGACAACGGGCCAAGUGUCACCGACCCUUCUGCCCCCGAUGAUCCCUUCGACAUCAUUCCGCUCGAACCUCCGCCCCAACCGAAAAAGCUCGUUCGAAAGAAGACCCCUCCUCCCACUAACUAUGCAGACGACACAUCCGAUUCGUCAAUCGCAGGUGCGCCUUCACAAAACUCAAGAGUUCGCUCUCGACGACGACAGCCAUCUCGUCCUCCACCUCUCCGUAUUCGCGAUGCCACCCGCAGCCAAAGCCAGCCAGAUCAAGGAGGUUCGUUGAGCGUAGAGUGGCCUGAACAGGAAACUGUCUACACUCCGAAGGCGUCGAGCUUCGAAGGGGAUGACAUUCCAUCAACAAAGGUUCGAAGACCACGAAAGGCCUCUUCAGAUGGAAAUGGGGACAGCAACGAAGCCGCAAGGACGAGGAAGAUCUCUACAGAAUCUCGCACUAGAAAGGUGUCAACUGAUACUGCCAGGGCGGCGAGACGAACGAGAGAUAGUGCUGCCGAAGAAGGGGACGAUGAGGGCUACGAUGACCUCCUUAGUGCCUAUGAAAGUGAAGAGGGUGCUCACCUCGCCUGAUUAUUGAUGUCUGGGACAUCGUUUGGACAGCUUUUUUGAGUUCCCUACUUUUUAAAAAGCAUUGUUAUACCCAGGUAUAAAUACGUCGGUCUAAUUUAUGCACGCAUUUGAUAACACAUCAUGAACACCUUUGUAAAUCUCCAGGAGGACGGGGAAUCGUGGCAAAAUAUUCUAGCAAAAGAUCAGCACUGGAGUAAAGCAAUUCGUAGAUAAUUGUGGCUGACCUCGAAAGCGACUGCCAGAGACGUGGCUCCGGACCCGUCUUGAACAAUCGCAGCAAGGUAAUAGCGUACAUUCCAGCCAUAAAGACCCUCGUUGAUGACCACAUCACGAAGAAUAGACAGAGGAAUGAAUCGCCGAGUAACAUUUAGAGUCAAAGUCUCGAAUCCGAACCGCGUUUCGAGUUGUACACCAUGUGGAGGAAUGACAAUGAUGGAUUC